CCCCCACCCCGCACCUACCCCCGAAUCGCACAGACGCACGCACGCCACCCCUCCCCCCAGCCCUGUGUCUCGUUGUGCCCCUCGGCAUCGCCCGUCCCCGCCCGCAAGCCCCGCCCGCCCAGACGCCCGCAUAGUCCGCGAGAAAAGAAACCAUGUCCAAGAAGGCCGCCCUCUUCGAUGAGGGAGACGCGGACGACUCGCUCUUCACCAUCAAUGUGAACAAGAAGUUCGCCAGCAACUACGAGGAACGCAAGACCCGCGAGGUCCUGUCCCGUGCCAAGACAUCCAUGUUCUCCAGCGACGAGGACUCCGACUCCGAGGUGGAGGACGAGGACGGCGCCCUCAUGACCCCGGCCGUGGAGAAGGACAUCCUGCGGACCAUUUCCCUGAUCAAGGCCCGCGACCCGCGGGUGUACGACUCGAAGGUGGACUUCUUCGAGGGCGGCGCCAUCGAGUCUGCCCGCGCGGCCUGGGAGGAGAAGAAGAACAACCAGUACAAGCCCAUGACCAUCGGCGAUUACAACAUGAAGAAGCUCCUCUCCGGCGAGUAUGCCAAGGACGAGGAGGAGGAGCAGCAGGAGGCGGAGCCGGCCCCCCGGACCUUCGUCCAGGAGCAGGCGGACCUGCGCGAGGCGUUCCUGCGCACGGCGCAGGCCGAUCUCGCCGAGGAGGAGGGCCAGGACUUCGACAUGUUCCGGCGCCGGGCCAAGAGCCAGACCGAGCUGGAGGCCGAGGAGGCGGACUUCGCCCAGUUCAUGCAGGCCGAGGAGGAGAAGGCCGCCAAGCGCAAGGUCGACGAGAUGGAAACCCUGCGCCGGUAUUGGACCGACCCCAACCUCACGCAGGAGGAGCGCUUCCUGCGGGACUUCAUCACCAACAAGAAGUGGCUCGAUCGGGAUGGGGCCUCCAACGAGCCGCCCACCUAUGACGAGGUGGUGGGCACCGAUGACGAGGAGGAGCUCGACCGCCAGGACAACUUCGAGAGCCAGUACAACUUCCGCUUCCAGGAGGAGGGUGCCAGCGACAUUGUCAGCCAUCCGCGCCAGUUGGAGGGCAGCGUUCGUCGGACCGAGAGCAAGCGCAAGCGCCAGCGCGAGUCCCAGAAGGAGCGCAAGGCCGCCGAGAAGGAGGAGAAGCGCCGCGAGCUGGAGCGCCUCAAGCUCCUCAAGCAGAAGGACAUCCUGGAGAAGCUGCAGAAGAUCCAGGCCAUCUCCGGGGCCAAGGUGUCCGGCUUCGAGGAGAUCGACCUGGAGAAGGACUUCGACCCGGAGGAGUACGACCGGAAGAUGUCCCAGAUGUUCGACGAGAACUACUACGAUCCGAGCAAUGCCGAGGGCGACGAGGCGCUCUUCGAGAAGCCGGUCUUCGACGAUGACGAGACCGCCUUCCUGGACGACUUCAAUUACGACGAUCCGGAAGCCGGCACCCAGGCCAGCAAGCGCCCCCGCACGGCUGCCGCCGCCGACGAGGAGGAGGACUAUGGUGCCCCCUUCAACAUGGACGCGGACUUCGGCAUGGGCGACGCGGCCGAAGCGGCGCCCCUGUCCAAGAAGGCCAAGAAGAAGCUCAAGAAGCAGCAGCAGCAGGCCAGCGCCGAGUCGCUCGACUCGCAAAUCGAGCAAUACGAGGCCGCGCGCAAGAAUGUGGCCGAUCCCCAGGCCGCGUCGCACAUCGACAACCUGGUGGACGAGUAUUACAACCUGAACUACGAGGACCUUGUCGGGGACCUGCCGACGCGCUUCAAGUACCGCAAGGUCGAGCCGCAGACCUUCGGCCUCACCAUGGAGGAGAUCCUGUAUGCCGACGACCGGGAGCUGAACGCGCACAUUUCCCUGAAGAAGAUGGCCCCGUACCGCCACGAGUCGGUGGCCCGGCGCGACGCGCGCAAGGCCACCAAGGCCCAGCGGGUGCGGGAGUUCCGCGAGCAGAUGCGCAAGCGUCUCAAGGAGCAGGGUCUGCUGAAGUCCCUGCGCGGCACGCUGCCCGACGAGGUGACUCGCUCGCAGAAGACCCUGCGCAAGCGCACCGAAAAGAAGUCCAAGGACGCCAAGAAGCCCAAGGAGGCCAAGAAGUCCAAGGAUGGGAACAAGUCCCAGGCUGACAAGAAGCCGGCGGCGGCGGCGGCGGCGGCUCCCGGCGAUGAGGACCAGGCGUAG